AUGUGGCCUACGAUUCAAGACAGUCCAAUCACAGUCAGUAUGGAAGUGCAAACAACCUCGCUGGUCUGGAUUUAUGUUAACAGUACAGAACAACUGAACACUUCAAAUGAGCACAACACAACGGAUUUGAUUGAAGACUAUAACCAAUCUUACAUCAUCGGUCUCUUCCUGUCCUGCCUGUACACCAUCCUCCUCUUUCCUAUUGGAUUUAUUGGUAACAUCCUAAUCCUGGUGGUGAACCUGAACCACAGAGAGAAGAUGACCAUCCCCGACCUUUAUUUUGUUAACCUGGCUGUAGCCGACCUCAUCCUGGUGGCGGAUUCUCUCAUUGAGGUCUUCAAUCUGAACGAGAAAUAUUAUGACUACGCUGUCCUCUGCACCUUCAUGUCCCUGUUCCUGCAGGUCAACAUGUACAGCAGCAUCUUCUUUCUCACGUGGAUGAGCUUUGACCGAUACAUUGCCCUGGCCAGCUCCAUAAGCAGCAGACCGCUGAGGACUAUGCAGCACGCCAAGCUCAGCUGUGGCCUCAUCUGGAUGGCUUCCAUCCUGGCCACCCUGCUCCCCUUCACCAUUGUGCAGACCCAGCACAGGGGCGAGGUGCACUUCUGCUUUGCCAACGUCUUUGAGAUUCAGUGGCUGGAGGUGACCAUUGGCUUUUUGGUGCCCUUCUCCAUCAUUGGUCUAUGCUACUCUCUGAUUGGGCGAAUCCUCAUGAGGGCCCAGAAGCACCGUGGAUUGUGGCCACGGCGGCAGAAAGCCCUGCGCAUGAUCGUGGUGGUGGUUCUGGUGUUCUUCAUCUGCUGGCUGCCAGAGAACGUCUUCAUCAGCAUCCAGCUGCUGCAGGGCACAGCUGACCCAUCGCAGAGGACUGCUACCACCCUGUGGCAUGACUACCCACUCACAGGCCACAUUGUUAACCUGGCAGCUUUCUCCAACAGCUGCCUCAACCCCAUUAUCUACAGCUUUCUAGGAGAAACCUUCAGGGACAAGCUGCGUCUCUUCAUUAAGCAGAAGGCCAGCUGGUCAGUAGUGAACCGCUUCUGCCACCACGGCCUCGAUCUACACCUCUCUGUCAAGGGAGAAGUGUCAGAAGUUUGA